GGGACUCUGUCUCCAAAAAAAAAGGUAACGUGGUGAUCAUCUGUUAUUUAAAAGACCACUGUGCUAAAUGAUGGUUAGUUGGAUAUUCACAAUAUUGUAUUGCCGAGUGAUUGAUGAAUUAUUUGUGUUUGUUUUUUAACUGAAAAGGGGGCCAUAAGCCCAGCACACCAAUAUGUACAGCCCCGGUCCUUGCAGGUGUAGAGGCUGGAUGGCGGGGGUCAGUGUGUGGAUGCAAGUCUGCGUUCUUUGGGUUGCGAGGAUGUCUUGCACCUUUGCUAAGCACCUCUAGUCUGUGUCCAGAUCACUUUUAGUAGCUACACGGUCCUCCCUCCAAUCAUAAGGUGGUGACAGUGUUCUCCUUUCUUGCUUCUGUGAAUGUUGAUGGUUGCAUCUUUGCAGAAACAAGGCUAUAUCUGAUCUAGUGUGUUUACUAUAAAUCCUGGUGCUGGAAAGCUCUUAUCAUCUCAGCUCCUGUGCAUUCACAUCCAAGUGAGGCAGGAGGAUUUGAAUGGAUUUGAACUUUCCAAAUGAGUCUUGUUUUGUUUUCCUAGUGGAAACAAAGAAAGAGUGUGUUCUCUGCUUCGAUUUGAGCUGACGUAGAAUACCACGUUCACAUUUCCUGUAGUGCUCAUUACUGCAAGAGUGGUAAAAAGACACAAGCCAAAGACCAGAAAAGAGAGGCUCCUGUCACUCGGCAUGAAUUCAAUAUGCCUUCUCUGAACAUUUCUUCAUUAUUAUUAUUUUUAUCAUUUAUUUAAAAAGUGAUUUUGCUGGAUUGCUUAAGGGAUAUAAGUCUCAUGAAUCUUUUCUGUUCCUCUUAAAAGACUUUUUGGUAACCAAAUAUCUUUGAGGCAAAAAAUUUAAAUAUUUAAGCUGUAAACUUUUGGGCUAUUAUAAAUCCAGGGUUUGGUUUCAGCAUUUUUUCAUUCAGCAAAUAAUGAUGGACUGUUGACUGUGAGCCAGACGCUGCCUGGACCCAGCACCUUGGUGGAUGAUGAUCUGGAAGAAGGUGAAGUGAAGGACCCCAGUGACAGGAAGGUGAGGCCCCGUCCCACCUGCCGGUUCUUCAUGAAAGAUGAUGUGACUCCAUUGUCCACUCUUCCACCAAUAUCCAAUUCCAUACCAUUCAGAGGCCAGGUUAAAGGGAACUGUACCUGGGGAAUGAAUUGUAGGUUUAUACACCCUGGAGUGAACGACAAGGGGAACUACUCCCUAAUCACCAAAGCCGACCCCUUCCCGCCCAACGGUGCCCCGCCUCUCGGACCUCACCCGCUGAUGCCCGCCAACCCUUGGGGUGGGCCAGUAGUUGAUGAAAUUUUGCCUCCACCCCCUCCAGAGCCCCCAACAGAGAGUGCCUGGGAACGAGGACUCCGGCAUGCAAAGGAGGUUUUAAAAAAAGCAACUAUCCGAAAAGAACAGGAGCCUGAUUUUGAAGAGAAAAGGUUUACGGUGACCAUUGGCGAAGACGAACGGGAAUUUGACAAAGAAAAUGAAGUUUUUCGAGAUUGGAAUUCUCGGCUCCCGAGAGAUGUCAGAGACACAGUACUGGAGCCUUAUGCGGACCCUUAUUACGACUAUGACAUUGAGCGGUUCUGGCGUGGCGGCCAGUAUGAGAACUUCAGGGUGCAGUAUACAGAAACAGAGCCGUAUCAUAAUUACCGAGAAAGGGAGCGAGAGCGAGAGAGAGAGAACAGACAGCGUGAACGUGAGCGGGAGCGGGAGCGGGACCGCGAGCGGGAGCGCCGGCAGAGGGAACGCGAGCGUGAGCGGGAGCGCGAGCGCGACAAGGAGCGGCAGCGGAGGAAGGAGGAGUGGGAGCGCGAGCGCGCCAAGCGGGAUGAGAAGGACCGGCAGCACCGAGGCGACCGCGACCGGGAGAAGGAGCGGGAGAAGGAAAAGGGGAAGCCCAAGCCCCGCUCCCCGCAGCCACCAAGCCGCCAAGCUGAGCCACCAAAGAAGGAGGCCACCACUACGGGGCCACAGGUGAAGCGAGCAGAUGAGUGGAAGGACCCUUGGCGCCGAUCCAAGUCUCCCAAGAAGAAACUCGGGGUGUCGGUCUCCCCAAGCCGGGCUCGAAGGCGUCGGAAAACGUCAGCCUCAUCAGCCUCUGCCUCCAAUUCCUCCAGGUCAUCUUCUCGGUCAUCGUCCUACUCUGGCUCCGGCUCAUCCCCGUCGCGAUCCCGGUCUUCAUCCUACAGCUCCUACUCCAGCCGCUCUUCCAGACACAGCUCGUUCUCAGGAAGCCGGUCCAGGUCCCGGUCCUUCUCUUCAUCCCCGUCCCCGUCCCCAACACCUUCCCCACAUAGACCUUCCAUCAGAACCAAGGGGGAGCCGGCCCCACCGCCUGGGAAAGCAGGAGAGAAGUCAGUGAAGAAGCCAGCCCCGCCUCCAGCCCCACCACAGGCCACCAAAACCACUGCUCCUGUCCCCGAGCCCACCAAACCAGGAGACCCCCGGGAAGCCAGGAGGAAGGAGCGGCAAGCCAGAACCCCCCCGAGGAGGCGGACGAUCAGCGGCAGUGGCAGCGGCAGCGGCAGCAGCUACAGUGGCUCCAGCUCCCGAUCCAGGUCCCUGAGCGUAAGCAGUGUCUCCUCAGUGUCCAGCGCCACGUCCAGCAGCAGCUCUGCACACAGUGUGGACUCGGAGGACAUGUACGCAGACCUGGCCAGCCCUGUGUCCUCAGCCAGCUCUCGGUCCCCGGCCCCAGCCCAGACCAGGAAGGAGAAAGGAAAAUCUAAGAAAGAAGACGGUGUUAAAGAGGAAAAGCGGAAAAGGGACUCAUCCACACAACCACCCAAAUCUGCAAAACCUCCAGCAGGGGGGAAGUCCUCCCAGCAGCCGUCGACGCCCCAGCAGGCCCCCUCUGGGCAGCCCCAGCAGGGCACAUUUGUUGCCCACAAGGAGAUCAAGUUGACACUGUUGAAUAAGGCGGCUGAUAAAGGAAGCAGGAAGCGCUAUGAACCGUCAGACAAGGACCGGCAGAGCCCUCCUCCAGCCAAGCGGGCCAACACAUCCCCAGACCGAGGUUCUCGGGACCGGAAGUCAGGUGGGAGACUGGGCUCCCCGAAGCCAGAGCGGCAGAGAGGCCAGAACUCCAAAGCUCCUGCAGCCCCAUCUGACAGGAAGCGCCAGCUGUCACCCCAGUCUAAGAGUUCCAGCAAGGUCACCAGCGUGCCUGGCAAAGCCUCGGAUCCCAGCGCCGCCGCCAGCACCAAAUCAGGGAAGGCCAGCACACUGUCCCGGCGGGAGGAGCUGCUGAAGCAGCUGAAAGCCGUGGAGGACGCUAUUGCGCGCAAGCGGGCCAAGAUCCCCGGGAAAGCAUAGGCCGCGCCCCGACCGGACUGGACGUGUUUUUAUACAUAGGGUAAGCGCAGCCAUUUUGGAUUUUGCAGUUAAUGUCUUAUUUUGGCUGUGAUUCUUUUUAAAAAGUAAAAAAGAAAAAAAAGUUUCUCAGCUGGAAAAGAAGCCACAGAGGAAAUGAUGCCGCUGAAUCCCAGCCUCCCUCCUCAGAGCAGAAGUCCCGCCGGACAGACAGACACCCACAGCGCCAGUGACCAGCACGGUUCUCAUGUAAAUUACAAGCCCCAGCCGCCAGCCCCGCCGUCUCUUCUUCCUCCACCGUCUUCUUCCCUGGCCCCAGUCAGGCCCGAGGAGCCCCCACUCUGGGUCCCUGGCUCCGGGUCCAGGCAGCCAGGCCUCCUCCUGAGCCGAGAAACCGAACACCUCGUGAACCACUGGUGGCACCUCCUCCUCCUCACCCGCCCCCGGAUCAAAAAUAUAUAUAUAUUCUCGACUAAAGUCUGAUCAGGAAAUACUUCCUGUCUUUUAUUUUAAGCAUCAAAUUGUUUUAGUUGAUUUAAAAAGGAAAAAAUACAGAAAAGACCAAAAAAAGACCAAGGGUAUUGUUGGGGCAUCUGUCUAAUGUGGAGGGUCUUUUUUUGAGGGGUCUCCUAAAAUAAAAUAUUUUGAUAAGCAGC